CUGACAGAAACAUGGGGAAGUCAAUGUCAAUCUACCCGGUGUGGCUCAUAUAUUUACAGAAAUGUCAUUUUGACUACAGAUUGACACCUUGGAGUGCAAUUCGUGCUUUUUUCCCAUUUUAAAGCAGCUUUCAGAAUAAGUCUGUAAACGCGAAUAUAGUAUCACUAUGAGAUGCUAGGAAGAGGAAGCUAGCAUUACCCAAUCAAGAAUUUACUGCUUUGCUUCCGAGUUUAUUGUUUACCAAGAAGAACGUCAUGGUACGGUAACAACUGGAAGCAAUGGGUUUUAUCCGGCAGCUCUACCUCCUCCUCUGGAAAAAUAUCACAUACCGCAGGCGGAACAAGAUCCAGCUGCUCAUCGAGCUCCUCUGGCCUCUCUUCCUCUUUGUCAUCCUCAUCUCUGUUCGUCACUCAGACCCUCCUUACAAACAAGGCCAAUGUCACUUCCCAAACAAAGCCUUGCCGUCGGUAGGCACCAUGCCCUGGAUUCAAAGCAUAAUCUGCAACAUCAACAACCCCUGCUUCCACAGCCCAACGCCGGGGGAAACACCGGGCCAAGUGGGAAACUUUGACAACUCCAUACUGUCUCGUCUUUUUGUGGAUACUCAGGCAGUUUUGUCCUACAGUGGCAACCGAAGCUUCUUCACCUUUCAGGAGCUGAUGGGAAGUGUCCGACUCCUGGGGGAAAGAUUUGGAUCAUUUCCAAGUCUCCCAGUUAAGGAAUACCUGAGACCCAAUGAGACGUUGUCCAGUUUUCUCCUGACUAACGGCAGCCUGUCGUCUUCAACUGUGGACCAGCUGAUGAAGGCUCACCUUAAUUUUCAGGCUCUAUUAACUGGAGCCCAGACGCCGCUGAAAGUCUUGGUGUGCAAUGCAACCAUUGUGGGACAGUUUCUGGUCGUAGACGGAGGUGCAGCCGACAUGACGGCUCUCCAGACUGAGCUCUGUGAGCUUCCAGCUGAUGUCCUGCGGGAUGCUGAGCGCCUUUUCCUCUCUCAGCUUGAUGUGACCAAGUUCCUAACAAGAGACCGUCUAAUCGCCAGUGCUGAGGAGCUCAGGAUUGUCAGUCAGGCCAUCACCUCAGUUUCCCAGGAGCUCGCUGUCCUUAUAGAUGAUUUGUCCUCCCUUUCUAGUUUUGCAGAAAUGAAUGAAGCUCUUAGUCUUCUGUAUCCUGAAAGUCGCACAGCUCUGCCCAGCGAAAGCUUUAGAGCAUUUUCAACGAUCAUGUGUGGUCACCCCAAAAUUGGCGGAGAACGCAUCCCGUCGCUCAACUGGUAUGAAGACAAUAACUUCAAGUCGUUACUGGGCAUAAACGGCACAGAGGAUGAGGUGCUCGACAGCAACAACAAGACGACACCUUUCUGUAGAAGUUUGAUUCAAAGUCUGGAGUCAAAUCCUCUGUCUCGCAUCGUAUGGCGAGGAAUUAAACCUCUGUUCAUUGGAAAACUGCUGUACACACCGGACACUCCUGCAGUCCGACAAAUCAUGAAGGAGGUGAACAAAACGUUUGAAGACCUUCAGAUUCUUCAGGAUCUAAAUGAUGCCUGGAUAGAAGUGGGACCACAAAUCAAGAACUACAUGGAGACCAGUGUGGAGAUUCGGCUGCUGCAGGAUUUGCUGAGGCGUCCAGAAAUUGCUGUUAUGGUUAAUAUGCGUUUGGAAAACACCACCUGGACGGCCUCACGGCUCGCUCGUUUCCUCUCCACACCCUCGCCGGACAACCUGAGGAAACCUGAAGCACCACUGACCUGGUUGGACGUCUACAAUAACAUUGGAAGCACUAUCGGCAUUCUUGCCCAAGUCACCAAGUGUUUCAGUUUGGACAAACUGGAGGGGCUGGGCACAGAGGGCCAGCUGAUUGACAGAGCUCUGGAGCUACUAGAGGACAGGCAGUUUUGGGCAGGUGUGGUUUUCCUGCUGCCCAACACGUCCUCAUCGGAGCUCCCGCCCCACAUCACCUACAAAAUUCGAAUGGACAUUGAUGAUGUGACCCGGACCAACAAGAUUAAGGACAGGUUUUGGGAUCCUGGUCCAGCUGCAGACCCAUUCAAUGACAUGCGCUAUAUUUGGGGCGGUUUUGUCUAUAUUCAGGACCUGGUUGAGAGAGCUGUGAACUAUGUUUUAACGGGAGUUAAACAGACCACCGGCAUCUACAUCCAGCAGAUGCCCUACCCCUGUUAUGUGGACGAUGUGUUCCUUCGAGUGCUCAACCGCUCCUUACCUCUCUUCAUGACUCUGGCAUGGAUCUACACGGUGGCCAUGAUUAUUAAAGGCAUGGUGUAUGAGAAGGAGGCGAGGCUGAAGGAAACCAUGAGGAUAAUGGGUCUCAGCACAGGAACACUGUGGCUCAGCUGGUUCAUCAGCAGCUUGGUCCCCUUCCUGAUUUCUGCUGUGCUUCUUAUUGGUCUGCUCAAGUGGGGCGAUAUAUUGCCUUACAGCGACCCCACUAUUGUCUUUUUUUUCCUCAUGGCAUUUGCCACUGCUACCAUCAUGCAGUGUUUCCUCAUCAGCACCUUUUUCUCCAAAGCCAACCUAGCUGCUGCCUGUGGAGGGCUCAUCUACUUCAGCCUCUAUCUGCCCUACGUGCUGUGUGUCGCCUGGCGAGACCACCUCACCUUCACACACAGGGUCCUGGCUAGUUUCCUGUCUCCUGUGGCCUUUGGUUUUGGCUGUGAGUAUUUCUCCCAGUAUGAGGAGCAAGGCGUGGGGAUCCAGUGGUACAACCUGCGGGACAGCCCUGUGGAAGGGGACACGUACAGCUUUACCACCUCCAUAAAUAUGCUUUACGUGGAUGCCUUUAUCUACGCUGCUGCAGCCUGGUACAUUGAAGCAGUGUUUCCUGGUCAGUAUGGCAUCCCCAGGCCUUGGUACUUCAUCUUCCAGCUCAACUUCUGGGGUGGGAUUCCUUUAGAAGUAGGCAUGCCCAUCCCACCGGCACCUGCAGACCAGGAUGAAGAUCACAUUGAAACAGAACCCAAUAAUAUGAAUCUUGGAGUGAACAUUAAAAACUUGGUGAAAAUCUACAAGAAGGGCGGGAAAAUGGCUGUCAACCAUCUCAACCUGAAGUUUUAUGAGGGGCAGAUCACUUCCUUCCUUGGCCACAAUGGAGCUGGCAAAACCACCACCAUAUCCGUCCUAACUGGGCUGUUCCCUCCCACCUCUGGGACUGUGUACAUCAAGGGUAUGGACAUCCGCUAUGACAUGGACAUCAUCCGAAAGACAUUGGGGGUGUGUCCACAGCACAAUGUCCUCUUUGACAUGCUCACAGUGGAGGAGCAUGUGUGGUUUUAUGGUUGUCUGAAGGGCCUGUCUGAAGAAAAGGUGAUGGCUGAAAUUAGCGUUUUGCUAGCUGACGUCGGCCUUUUGCACAAACGGCAUGAUCAGACCAAAAACCUCUCUGGUGGCAUGCAGAGAAAGCUGUCUGUCGCGAUCGCUUUUGUUGGGGGCUCCAAAGUGGUUAUCCUGGACGAGCCCACAGCUGGCGUCGAUCCUUACUCCCGCAGAGGGAUCUGGGAUCUGUUGCUCAAAUAUCGUAAAGACCGAACCAUCAUUCUGUCUACUCACUACAUGGAUGAGGCUGAGCUGCUAAGUGACCGGAUUGCCAUCAUCUCCAAGGGGAAGCUCUGCUGCUGCGGAUCGCCGCUCUUUCUCAAAUCCAAGCUGGGAUCUGGUUACUAUCUGACUGUGGUGAAGAGGGAAGAAAUAAGCACCAGCACUCCCAGUAAUUCCAGUAUCUGCACCAGUGCCAGCACCAGCACCACCAGGCUCCCUCCUUUUGUAAAGGACAGUGAGUCAUCACUGAGUGAAGACACUGGACUGGGAAGUGAGGAGAGCAGCUCCUACCUGGCAGCCUUGCUGGCGCUGGUGCAGCAGCACGUCCCCGGAGCGAGGUUAGUGGAGGAGUCUAAAAGAGAAGCUGUGAUCAAUGUACCGCAAGCAGCCGCCAAGGAUGGCAGUCUGGCUGUCUUCCUUUCCGAACUGGACCAGAGGCUUCCAGAGCUGGGCAUCAGCAGCUACGGCCUGUCAGAUAGCACACUAGAAGAGAUCUUUCUUCGGGUGGCGGAAGAAACGGGUGUGGAUGCUGAUCCAGCUUCGCAGCAGCCAACAGAACCGUCCAGUGGCCAGCGGCCAUCAGUACAAAAAGAUGAGGAUCAACCUGCUGAAGAACCAGAAUCAGGAAGGAAAAGGGCUCGUAAGAAAGAACCACAGGAAACGGAUCUACUGAGCGGAGAUGGCCAAGGUUUGGUGCCCCUGACAGGCUGGUGGCUGACAUGGCAGCAGCUCAGAGCUCUCUUCGUCAAACGCUGGCUUUACGCUCGGAGGAGCCGCAGAGGGCUUUUUGCGCAGAUAGUUCUGCCUGCUGUGUUUGUGCUGAUCGCUCUGCUCUUCAGCCUCAUCGUUCCUCCAUUCGGGAAGUACCCCGCCCUGGAGUUGCAGCCCUGGAUGUACGGAGAGCAGUACACCUUCUUCAGCAACGAUGCUCCUGGAAACCCAGCUAUGGAAAACCUGCUGGAAGCUUUGCUAGACCAGCCAGGUUUUGGCACAAGGUGCAUGGAGAGAGAGGAGGAGGACAACAGCACGAGUCCUCAGUGUGACGCUGAGAGGGGUGGCCCCUUCAUCCGGCCUCAGAUAUCGUUCUCCACCUGGCAGAUGCUGAAUCGAGGGAACUGGAGCAGAGACAGCCCUUCACCAGAAUGUCAGUGCAGCACGGAGGAGACCCGCCGGAUGCUUCCAGAGUGCCCGGACGGCGCUGGUGGGAUUCCUCCUCCUCAGAUGAAGAGAGGGACUGGAGAUAUUCUUCAGAAUCUGACAAAGUAUAACAUCUCAGAUUACCUGGUGAAGACCUACUCGCAAAUCCUGAAGAAAAGCCUAAAAACCAAGAAGUGGGUGAACGAAUUCAGAUAUGGAGGCUUCUCUCUUGGAGGCAGGAACACCCAGAACGUAUCUCAGGUCCAGCAUCUUCAAGACUCUGUCAUGGCCAUCAGAACUCGUUACCAAGUCUCUCAGAACAGUUCACUGGAUCAACUGCUAAAGAAGCUUCCAGAGUUUUUGGGAGGAAUGCACAGUGAAAACAAUGUCAAGGUGUGGUAUAACAACAAGGGCUGGCACGCCAUGGUGUCAUUUGUCAACGUGAUGAAUAACGGGCUGCUGAGAGCGAGUCUGCCGCCAGGACCAGAGAGGAGGAGACAUGGCAUCACUGUUUAUAAUCACCCACUCAACCUCACCAAGGAGCAACUUACUGAGAUAGCAAUGAUGACCACAUCAGUGGACGUUUUGGUUUCCAUUUGUGUGGUCUUCGCCAUGUCCUUUGUGCCGGCCAGUUUUGUCCUUUUCCUGAUUGAGGAGCGAGUCAGUAAAGCAAAACAUUUGCAGUUUGUCAGCGGGGUCAAACCAAUCCUCUACUGGUUGUCCAACUUCGUCUGGGACAUGCUUAACUAUUCUGUCCCAGCCAUGAUGGUUGUGCUGAUCUUCAUCAGUUUUCAGCAGCAGUCGUACGUCUCCGAGACCAACCUGCCGGCUCUUAUCCUUCUGCUACUCUUCUACGGGUGGUCCAUAACUCCACUGAUGUACCCAGCAUCUUUUGUUUUCUCCGUACCAAGCACAGCUUAUGUGGUUCUGACCUCCGUCAACCUUUUUAUUGGCAUUAACGGGAGCAUCGCCACCUUUGUCUUGGAGUUGGUUGUAGAUGAGCAUCUGAACGAGGUCAACAGGAUCUUAAAGAAAGUGUUUUUGAUUUUCCCACAUUUCUGCCUGGGACGAGGUCUUAUUGACAUGGCUAAAAACCAAGCUAUGGCAGACGCCUUCCAGAGACUGGGAAGCAAACAGACUCUUGACCCUCUUCAGUGGGACUUUGUGGGGAAGAAUCUGUUUGCGAUGGCAGCUGAAGGUGUUAUCUUUUUCAUCUUCACCAUACUCCUGCAGUAUAAGUUUUUCAUUUACUUCAGGCCGUGGUGGAACAAUCCUCAGCUUCCUCCCCUUGGUCCAGAGGAUGAAGACGUGGCGAGAGAGCGUGAGAGAGUGAAAAGUGGCAAGGCCCAAUCUGAAAUCCUCACCAUGAUAGAUCUGAGCAAGGUUUAUAAAGCAGGCAAAAAGCCAGCUGUGGAUCGACUUUGCCUCGGGAUUCCCCGCAGUGAGUGUUUCGGCCUGCUCGGGGUGAACGGAGCAGGAAAGACGUCCACAUUUCGUAUGCUGACGGGAGAUACGCCCAUCACACACGGAGAGGCUUUCCUCAGCCAGCACAGUGUGCAGACAGAGAUGGAGCGUGUCCACCAGUUGAUGGGUUACUGUCCACAGUUUGAUGCCAUCAGUGAUCUGCUGACAGGUCGGGAACAUCUUGAGCUUUACGCUCGCUUGAGGGGGGUGCCAGAGGAGUCUGUUACUAAGGUGGCUCAGUGGGGGGUGAAGAAGCUGGGUUUGACUCAGUAUGCAGAGCAGGCGGCUGGAGGAUACAGUGGAGGCAACAAGAGGAAACUUUCCACAGCUAUUUCCCUCAUUGGGGCUCCCCCUGUUAUAUUUCUGGAUGAGCCUACCACUGGAAUGGACCCAAAAGCCAAAAGAUUUUUGUGGAACUGCAUCCUUAGUGUCACAAAAGAAGGCCGAGCUGUCAUACUCACCUCCCACAGUAUGGAAGAGUGUGAGGCUCUUUGCACAAGAAUGGCCAUCAUGGUGAACGGCAGAUUUCAGUGUCUGGGGUCGGUGCAGCACCUGAAGAAUCGAUUUGGAGAUGGAUACACCAUCAUCCUCCGUCUGGCGGACACCAAGUUGGACGCUGACUCCUGUCCAGUUGACACCUACAUGAGGACGUCUUUUCCCAUCAUUGAGCUGAAGGAGAGACAUAAGAGCGUGCUGCAGUACCAGCUGCCAUCACACGCUUGCUGCCUGGCCCGCGUCUUUGAUGUUCUAGCCAACAACUACGAGGAGCUCGGCAUCGUUGACUUCUCCAUCUCGCAGACCACCCUGGAUCAGGUGUUUGUCAGCUUUGCAAAGGAACAGACUGAUGACGACUGUCUCACAGAUGUGGUUGCCGAUAACGGUGCAGCACGGCUAAACCUUCCCACCAGAAUAAAUCCUCCCAUCAUCCAGUCUCAACAGCCCACAAAACCUCGUCAGCAGAGGAAAUCUUCACAGCUUCCAGCCAAAGCACCCAAAAGCGAUCCAAAAGGAAGCAAACCAAAGACGGCAAAAGCCAGAAAGAUCCGUUCUAACGGGGAAACGAGCAGCAGUGUGCCUAUGAGCAGAUUACCUCAGGCAGAGGAGAAGGGUCCAGAGUCGGACAGCAGUAACGGUGGAGUUCAGAGGGAGUCCAGCAAAGCUCACAGGUCAAAACACAGAGAUGAGAGCUCCAGCAAAGAUCCUGCUACGCUCUUUAUAGUCGGCACCAAUUCACAAGAAAGCUCACUGUAAAGUGGUGCAACACAAAGUGGACCAAAGACGAACAGAAACAUUUUUUACUUCCUAGACAUUUAUCUGUAUGCUGCAGAGUUCACAGCAUCAUGACAAACUGUCCAGAGUGUUUGUCAGAAGUGAACAAUGUUCUUCCUUUCAAUGGCUUUGGUGCCUUGCUCGUCUCGUCAUAAACCUUUAGCUUUAUACCUGUUAAAAAAAGCAACCUGAAAAUAUCUGUUUCAUCUUUCUAAAGUAAUGUUCUGCUUAUCCUGAAAGAAUGCUAUGCAGGGCUGAGUGCAGAAACGGUGAGUUUCUUUCUCAGGUCUCAGUCAGUUGAUCUUUCCUAGUUUUAUUUUUUUUUUUCCAGAGAGCACUUUAUGCAAGAUGCUGCAAACUAUCAAACAGUAGCGGAUCAAUAUGUUACGUGUCCUUAUUAUAGGGAUUUUAUUUAGUAGAUGUCUUGCGGCUGUCGAAGGUUAUUACAGGAGAGUUUACUGCGGAUUUUACCUGUGUUUUAUAACUACAAUUUUGUCAUACAUGUCUUUUUUAUUUAUAUAUUUAUGCUGUGAGGUUUGUAGUUACUGUUCAAUAGAGGCUGUCAUUUAAAUGUUUUUGUUUUAAUAAUUUAAAUUAUUUUUCCAUCUUUCUGUAUGCUACACAUUUAUGAAUGAUGUAGUCUGGAAAAGCUCCAGUAACACCGAUGUGGUUCCUUAUUGAUUUAUAUAAGCAAUUUCAAGCCAAACUGUCCAACUCCAACCAAUGAUUAAGUGCUGAUCAGUAUAAAAGCGCUGGUGAAACAAAUACAUUUUAAAAGGACAAUUGUUUUAUUGAAAAUGUGUUACUUUUCUGACUAAGCUCAGUUCACUGCUGAAUGCCUGAAGAACUGUGAUGCAUUUAAAAAAUAUUGUUACUGUAAUGUUUAAGACUAAGAAUAAGUAUUAGUGGGCUUUAAUUCCAAGAUCUCCAUUAAAUUUAAGUUUAAAUGUGGAGCUGUCAGAGCUGAUUUCUUCUGCUCUUUUUAUGUUUUUUUUUCCUGUUUUGUCCUUAACUGCUGCAUGUCAAACCAAAUAAAGCUGGAUGUGAAAUUUUACAGUAAAAGCUUGCACUACUAAAUGUAAACUUCUACUUGAAAAAAAAAAUUAUCUGCUGUAAAUCCUAUCCUGAUAUCAUGAUGAUAUAGAAAAAAACCUGAAAGCUGUUCUGAUUGUAUUAUUCUGGAAGGGAAUAAAAGUAUUUGAUUUAUCGACA